AUGAGUCUCCAGUUACAUAUCCACAGACCAGAAAGACAUCGCUAUCGAUCCACAGAAAAGGCACGCAACCUCAUCCACACAUGCGAGCCCCCAGAGUCGCCAACGGCACAGGGGCUUCGUUGCGAUGCUAUUGAGACGGACGGGCGACGCUGUCACCUCUUACUGUCGACCGAGGACCAGACCUGGUGCAACCGGCAUCUCAGAGAGCUGAAUGACCUGAGCGUGCGCUGGGAGAGACUGCAACAUACUGCGGAAAAGAGUGUAGUAGUGGACACACAUUCGGCCAAGCAAAAGGUGCUCAAACUUCGGCUAGCUGUAGAGCUUCGUCGUCGUAUUCGCGAGAGGUUCCACACUUGUGGAAUCGACACGGUAGACUUUAUCGAAUGGAUUGCAAAACUCGAAAAGGAUGUCAGGACUUUGGCCAACCUGAUGCUCAUGUCGAGUCUAAAUUUGAAGCGUCUAUCUGACACGCCAGACAUACUAUUAUCAUCUGAUGAUGGUCGCAACUCGGAGCAGAUUAUGAUACUUCAGUCUCCACUCAAGCCCGCCAUACCUAUUGGCUCGUUACAGGGUAUUGACGAUGGCACCAUACUCGUGUUGAAACACUUCUCUACGGAUUUGUGUACCGACGCAAUCCGGCGCUUGUACAACAUCCUUCCAGAUUUACAGUUCUCGUCCGAAUCGUUGAACUCUCCAAUACAGGCUGGAUAUGUCGGAGACACAGGAACGGAAAUCAUCUGCACCUGGUUCAGGAUAAUGAUUCUCAAUGACAGCGAAGCCGAAACUCUCGAGCGUGCAACAAGAUCAAAAACAAUUGGCGAGUUCCUGUUAGGAUGUCAAGCCAGUGAGCUCGAGAUGUACUGCGACUUCUUUGAGAAAGCUUGGAGACCACAUGCUGUCCAGUAUCUUCGAGUGGCAAUUUGCGCACAGACUCUGGCUGGUGGAGAUAUGAAGACUGUUCGACUUCUCGGUGGAGAUGUCCCCAGUACCAGUGAAGGCCUCAAGAUGACCAAGCCAUGCUGGGACAUAUUACACCGCUGGUUUCCAACGUUGCUGACGCCCUGGACCGUGGCAAGCAUAUGCUCAAACUUUGAAGACUAUAACACGCUGUGCAAGCUCCUCAUGCUCGGUCUUUACCGGAAGCAUUGGUACAGCACAUCGAGUGUCCUAAGUGAGUGCGCGACGGGUAUCUAUUUCGGCUUCAUUCCAACCACAAAAGGCGAUUUCACCAAGGCAGUCACACCGGUUGGAAAGAACAACAAAGCAAUACAGACCGAGACAAGAAACUACCUAUCUGGGCAAAUGGCCAUGGGCGACCCGAUGACGCAAUAUUUCCUGGACGAAAUGCGCAAAAGAACCAACCGGCUCUAUCUGGUCGUAUAUGAAGGCACCAACAUCGACGCUACGGUACACCCCACAGAGGCGGACAUCUUCAUCAAACGUACCCGCUCCACCCAGGGGAACGAACAUGAUUGCGAAGCGCAUUGGAGUAACCUGAUUACUCUGGAAGACAUCAAGAACGACCUGCGGCUACGCAAAACUUCCAUGUAUGACCCCAUCGUCGUGGAUUCAUGGCAAUUCAUCAUCAUCGAUCGCGACCCUGGUUUGCCUUUUGAACUCAUUGAUAUUGUUCAAGAUACGCUACUCAUGCUGGCUAACGAUCCAUCACCCCGGCGGAUUGCCAAGCGUGUUAUAUCGGAAGUCAUACCGCCCUCGGUACAAGAGAUGUUUUUGGAAGAAAUGACAAUCGAAUGCUCGGCUGACAUGCGCUUCCCCGCGCCGCCCAGAGUUCAAUACGAAGGUCACAGAUAUCGACACCAUGAUCCAGACAAGGGAAUUAUCCAAGCCUUCCAAAAGAAGUCAUCAGAAGAGACCAACUCUCGAGACUCCCAUCGCUUUGUUCAGAGAGUCGUCGAGGACAUGGAACGCUGCGGAAUCAUCAGCCUUGUGCAUGAGUACGAAGAGCCUCAAACUCGUCCACUCGUGAUCCAAGGCUCAGAUGGCGCGCUCGACCUGUACUUUUCUUACCAAGAGUCCAAAGACCAGGAGUCAAUCGUGCCCGAGCUACCACUACCAUCUGCAAAUUGUCUCUCAGAAUUCGCUCAAACAUACAUGCAGGCGCAUCCCAAUGCCAUUAUGGCAAAGGGCUCGAUUCAAACUCAUUACUGCGCUUGGCCUAUGCCGGUCAUCAAGAGUCUAGACAAGACAGGGCUUAACUUUGCAACAUGGGAAGGCCACGUCUACCGCUGGAACGCCCUGCCAUUCGAUCGCCCAUCCUCGGCAAACGCAUGGCAAUACUAUGUCCAGCACUUUAUCAAUUCCAAGUACCCCUUUGUUAUGUUCUACCUCACCACAUUUGUCAUAUGCGCGACGGACCAGCAAGACGCCGACCGCAAGACGAUCAUGAUCCUGGAAGAAAUGGAGGAUCGCGGGUGGCGCGUUACACUGCCCAGAUUGCACGAGUGGACGAGCGAUAUCGAUAAACUCAAGUUGGACACGUUGUAUAACGGUAUCAAGCCGGCGUAG